AUGGAGAGUGAAAAUCGAAACGACGAGAUAGAUUAUCAUGCACACAUCUACAAUGAAAUGCGAUUACUCCAUGAAAAAGAUUCUUCUAUAAUGCUUCUCAACAAGCAAUUUGCUAUCCAACGGGAUGUAUGGCAUCCCAGCGCCUGUUUUGAUUUAGCAGAACACACGUGCAAAGAGRUUCUAAGGCUCGUAGAAGAAGAAGUUUCAAAUCGCACAGGCAAAACCUCGUUCGAUUUCCUCCAGGUUGGGUGUGGAUCAGGGUAUAUAUCUGUUCUCGUCGCUCUCUCUUCUGAAAAAUGUCGAGUYUGGGCCACUGAUAUCAACGAAGCUGCUGUACUWAACGCAAAAGAGAAUGCAAAACUUCAUCGAGUGGAACAUCGGGUCAAGGCUGUAGUCGCUGAUGUGUUCAACAACCAUGAGAUCAGUGGAAGAAAGUUCGACAUGAUUUUCUGGAUUCCUCCUUGGGCAGGGCAGCAUACUGACAAAGAAGCUCAACUAGAUCAUCCUCUGCUGUUCAGCUUCAUUGAUCCUGGCUACAGUGCUCUUCUACGCUUCUUCAAAGACGCGGGAAGCUAUCUGAAGGAAAAGGGGAGAUUGUUACUUGCCUUUUCCUAUAAAGUUGGUUCUGAAGAGCUUUUCAAGAGCAUCGCACACGGGAAUGGCUGGAAAUUGGAAAUUAUCUCAAGUCAAAAUCUCAACUUGAAUCUAAAUGGUACCUCCAAUGAAAUACCAGUUAUUAUGGUUGAGUUUCUCAAAAGAGAAACAUAG